AUGGUAAAAGUAAAUGAAGGUGACAGAGACAGUUCGCCGCGUGGAGGUAAAAAGGUUCCGCGCUCGGCAAAAAAGGAUGUCAGUCGGAAUUCGGUAAUUACAAAUUACUUUCCACGCAUUCCGAAUCAGAACGGAAGUCAGGUCAAAAAUGGAACAAUAUCGAAACCUGUCUAUAUAGUAGAUAGUGAAGACGAGGACAAGGACGUUCCAGAGGUUAUUGAAGACGAUGAGGAUGAUUUAUUAUUGAAUACAACAUUUGACUUUUCCCCUCCGGAAAUCCUAAACAGGUUACGAGAAGGUGAUGAAACGGAUGAAACAGGACUACGACGAGGCACGCGGGUCCGAAAAAAUAUUGUUCAGGAAGGUUUCGUACCAACAGUAGAAGCUGUACCACUGCGAGGUGGGCCUCGGUCGCAGGAAUAUUAUGCGAAAAACGGACAGAGAUCUCAACCAUCAUAUCAGUAUUCCUUAUCGUCAUUGUUACGCGAAAAGCAAGCAAGGGAUAAGAAGGGAUAUAAUAUAGAGUUUCUUGAGCAAAGUCUCGAUAAUGACAUUUCAAUGGACGAUAUUGACGAUCCUUUCACUGACUUUGAUCGAGAAAAUGUGACAGCAAACAUUAUCCCAGAGUAUCAAAGGGAACAUUUACAAAAGAUUAUUGCAGAAGAACAAAGGAUUUGUUUUGAACGACAAUUAAACUUUUUUGAAUCAAUACCCGAGAGAUUGCGUGAUCCAACGUUGGUCACAAAUGAUUUUUUGACGAGGGAUGCUGUAUAUAGGCUACUAUUGGAGGCUUCGAGUGAUGAUGCAAGCACACACGAAAUUCUUUGCAGCAAUUGGAUUUCUCAGCAAUAUAAAGUCGGUUGGAAAUUGCCCGUUGAAGUGGUCAAAUGGUUGCUCGAAGUGGUCAGUUUUGAAAGUAACGAAAUUCUCGCAGGGGCUGCAUAUCAUACUCUAAAACGACUAGCAGAAAUAUACACAAGUGCAAAAGAAUAUGGUGCGCCACCAGCUCUAUUGGGAUGUAGAUGUCGUGUGGCGGAACGCGCUAUUCAAAUGUCUUCUUUGUCGGAAUCAUCUUCCUGCUGGGCGUACUUGGACAAUCUACGGUUAUUACUGCGAAUAGUGGUUCCGUUGAUCGAAAUCAAAUGGCUGUCAUUUUCAACUCAUGACGAUAUAAGGAAGGCUAUUAGUGCACUUGUUCGUCUGUCAUUCGACGUACGUUUGCGGUGCCUAUCAAGCGAUUUGGAGCUUACAAUAGGUUCCCUUUUGGAUGCCAUCGAUGAUUCGCAAUGGGCUUUGCAAGUGAAACUUCUCUGCAAGGACAUAACAUGGUCCAUUGGCGGUUCGCUAUACUUUAAUGUAGCGUUACUGGCACGUUUGCCCAUUUCUAAGCGUGGUUUAUUAUUACGUCGAUUGCUGGCCUUUAAUUUUCUACUAUCCAAGAAAGCUGACCCUUGGAGUCUUGACAAAGUAGACAUAUCUCAACCCAUAUCGCUCGAACCAAUUUUGGGACUUUUUUCAGAUUCAUCACCGACCUUCAAGAUUACCAAGAACACUGAUUAUGAUGAGCUGGCAGUAUUAGUAUCCAUAUUAGGAUUUGCACUUGAUGAUGAAAAUCAAUUGCGGCAAAACAAGCAAGUCACUGAAGAGUUAAUUAGCAAGAUAAAGCAACUUCAGGGCAAAAUAGUUGACCAUAAAGCUGCCUUUAUAGAACGAACCAAGGGAUGA